AAUUCUAUAGGAGAAACACAUGCAUUGCUUUAUUCCUUUUCCUUUGUUCGUCCCUUUUAGCUCCAUGGGUAAGCUAUUCUUCUUCUUCCUCUAUAUUCUCUUGACAACCUUCCCUUCAUUUUUCUCAUCUUCUCUUUCUCUUGAGCGAGCACUCGAUGAGAAUUCCUUGUUUGACCUCUCCAAGCUCGAGAUGUUCGUGGAUGAACUCCCGAGCAUGCCCACACUCCUUGGCUACGGUGUCGGCAAUAAUGGCUCCUUUGUCGCCGGCAAUCUUACUAUAGGCAUGUACCAAAAGUUUUGGAAAUUCCACAGAGACUUACCGGCGACGAGUGUGUUCGCGUAUGGAGACAGCGAGGCCGCCGCCACGGUGCCGGGUCCCACCAUCGAAUCGAUCCGCGGGAUACCCACUCACGUGACGUGGACCAACCACCUCCCGUCGAAACACAUCCUCCCGUGGGACCCCACCAUCGCCACCGCGCGUCCGGCCUCCGGCGCCGGCGUCCCCACCGUCGUCCACCUCCAUGGAGGCGUCCACUCGCCGACCUCCGACGGAAACUCCAACGCCUGGUUCACCUCUGGCUUCGCUGCCCUCGGUUCCACUUUCGCCGGCGCCACCGCCUUCUACCCCAACCGGCAGCCGCCCGGCAAUCUCUGGUACCACGACCACGCCAUGGGCCUCACCCGCGCUAACCUCCUUGCCGGGCUCGUCGGCUCCUACACCCUCCGCUCUCCGGACCUCGAGGACCGCCUUGGCCUCCCCUCCGGCCGAGACUUCGACCGCCACCUCGUCCUCUUCGACCGCUCCUUCCGCUCGGACGGCUCCCUCUUCAUGAACGCCACCGGCAACAACCCCUCCAUCCACCCGCAGUGGCAGCCGGAGUACUUCGGCGCGGCCAUCGUCGUCAACGGUAAGGCCUGGCCGUUCCUCAGCGUCCGCCGCCGCCGCUACCGCUUCCGCAUCAUCAACGCCAGCAACGCCCGUUUCUUCGGCCUUUACUUCGUUAACGACGACCGCCUCAGAUUUCGCCACGUGGGUUCCGACGCAAACUACCUCGCGCGGCCGGUCACCUCGCGGCGAUUCGUCCUCGCCCCGAGCGAAAUCGCCGACGUGGUCAUCGAUUUCGCCGAAUCCUCUGCUGAUGCCGUCGUCCUUGGCAACGACGCACCGUAUCCCUACCCGAGCGGGGACCCCACCGACGCGCUCAAUGGCCAGGUGUUGAAGUUCCUUAUUCGCGGCGGGAAGGGCGAAAGCGACCCGUCGCGGGUGCCUGCGCUGUUGGCACCGGAGCUCCCGGCGCCUCAGGUCGCCCACGUGGCGGUGCGGCGGUACAUCGCGAUGUAUGAGUACGUGAGCUCGGAGGAUGAGCCGACGCACCUCUACCUGAACGCGCAGCCCUACGAUGCGCCGGCGACGGAAACUCCGGCCGAGGGGAGCAGCGAGGUCUGGAACGUGAUCAACUUGACGGAAGACAACCACCCGCUGCACGUGCACCUGGCUUCGUUUGUAGUGCUGGAGCAGCGGGAGCUGCAGGGGAAGGACGCGGAGGAGCUACGGCAGUGCAUGCAGAAGAAGAACGACGCGGAGGCAUGCGGGGCGGAGGAGAUGGCUGCGAGGGGGCAGCAGCGGGCGGUGCCGGCGCACGAGCAGGGCUGGAAGAACGUCUUCAAGAUGAUGCCCAGUGCGGUGACGCGUGUCCUGGUGCGAUUCGCCCCACUGGAAGGCGGGGCCUACAGCUUCGACCCCACCGCCGAACCAGGAUAUGUCUACCACUGCCACAUUUUAGAUCAUGAAGACAAUGAAAUGAUGAGGCCUUUGAAGCUUGUUCAUUGACACUCACUAAAGGGCAGUCUUCAGUUAGUUUAAGGCAGCGGGCAGUCCUCAGUUUAAGGCAGUGAGGUCAAGCUAAUAAAGAUAGUUUUUUUUUUCGCUCCAGAUUUUGGAUGAAGUGUUUAGUUAUGCUUCAAUUGGAUAUUAGAUAGGUUUUGAUCUUCUUUGUUUUGGCUCAGUCUUGAAUUGUGGAAUUUGCUAGGUAUUCGAUCAAUAAUACAGAUUUUUGCUUU